CUCCCAUCUCUUCUUUCGCGACGUAGGCUGUUGAGAGUGACAUGGAUCCGCUGCGACGACUUCUAUCCAAACUUUUGACCUGAGAAGAAGCUUACUUCAUUUUAUGUCUUGAGUAAAACUGUUCGUUCGGACCAUGAGUGAGAUGGACAUGGAUCUCCCUCCUCCUCCCUCCCCACUCCCCCCUUCCACCCCCCGCAUCCCACAGCGGUCUCCCUCUACCCCCGACACUGCCUCACCUCCCUCCCCUAGCCCCCUCCCCCGUGCAUCCCAACCCUCCCUCACCUCGACUCCCUCAGACUCCCCCGAAUUCAUCCCAUCGUCAGUCUCUCGUUCACCUUCACCUCCCACUUCCUCUCCUCCUCACUCCAUCCCUUCAUCAGCUUCCUCUCCUUCUUCUCCUCUCCCCAUCACCCCAAAACCAUCCGUUCAUUCACCCGCUGCCUCUACCUCUACCCCAUCCACCUCUCCUGCCCCCCGACGUUGGGGCUUUGCGGCCCCCUCCACCACCCGAGCCCCCUCGUCCUCUCCUGCCCCCCGAAGUCGGGGCUUUGCUGAUCUGGCUAAACGUGUGGUGAUGCAGGAAAGACUGAAGAAAGCUGAACUGGAGGAGGCUGAAGCGGGUGAGGAAGAUGAGGAUCCUGAGGAGGACUUGUCGUUUGAGGAGAUGGAGGAGAAGGCCACGUCUGGAGAUGCCAGAGCACAGACCAGUCUGGGCAGAUACUACCUGGGGUUGGCUGAGGAGAAGGAGGCGGAGCUUAAUAACCGCCUGGCAGUUGAUUGGCUGGUGCAGGCCGCUAAGCAGGGACGGAAGAGUGCAGCCCGUCUUCUACAGCGCUGCUGGAUCCAGAGGAAAGGUAUCGGUGAGGAUAAUGAGGAGGAGGUGCGUCGUCUGUCGACAGAGAGCAGGUUUGAGCAGACGGUCCGGAAGGCGGCCAUGAUGAUGUUCAGGAAGCUGAACCCCGACAGGAAGGAGAAGAUGGCGGUGUCUGAGAUGAUGGAGAACGUUGGACAGGUCAACGCUGUGCACGGUGGCGCCACCACGGACCAAACCCAGAAAGUCCUGGAGAACAUGGUCACUGGAGAGACUGGUCAGUUUGUUGACUUGGAUGACUUUGUAGAGAUCACUAAGAGGUAUACUCAGGGCAUGGCCCCCAGCACCGGCUCUACCCAGAGCCAGGGCCCUGCACAAACCUGUGGAGAGAAGGUACAGCACUCACUCACACACACACACACACACACACACCAGAGUGGCCUGGUCCCCAAGAAGCCUCAGAAGGGAGUGUGGGGGAUGGGUCGGAGUGACAUGUUGAUGGACACCAGACGACACUUCCUGGUGUUGCAGUACCCUAUCACUGCGGUCAUCGAGGUGAAGGAUCAGCUCAUUGAUUGGGCGUCUCGCGCCGGCGUCCAAUGGCUGAGCACGGUGAUCCCCACGCACCACGUCAACGCGCUCAUCUUCUUCUUCAUCAUCAGUAAUCUGACUGUUGACCUGUUUGCCUUCUUCAUCCCACUCCUCGUCUUCUACCUCUCCUUCAUCUCCAUGGUGAUCUGCACGCUACGCAUCUUCCAGAGCAGCAAGGCGUGGGAGAACUUCAGUGCCCUAACAACCCUGCUGACCAGGUUUGAGCCUGGCCUGGACGUGGAGCAAGCAGAGUCUAACUUUGGCUGGAACAAUCUAGAACCCUACCUCUACUUCCUGAUAUCGGUGUUCUUCAUUGUCUUCUCCUUCCCCGUCGCGGAUAAAGGAUGGAUCCCCUGCUCGGAGCUGUCCACGGUAGCCAUCUUGUUCACGGUGGUCAGCUACAAGAGCCUGAGUCCCUCGGGCGCCACCUACGCCAAACGGGCGCUCAUCACUGAGGUGGCAACGUCUUUGUGUUCCCUGACCAGUCUCCUGCCCCAGAGUGCUGUUCUGCUGAGGAUGCUGAGCCACACCUUCACCACCCUGCCACUAGGGGACUCAGUGGUGAUGAAGAUCAGUCUGCCCUGCCUGCUAGACCUCUACCUCUACUUCCUGUUCUUCAGUAUGGCUAAGCAGCGUGGUUUCCGUGGGACCUACUGUUUCCUGGUCCCCUACUUGGUCUGCUUCCUGUGGUGUGAGUUCUCUGUGGUGCUGCUCCAAAACUCUUCCCCCGUGGGACUCAUCCGGACCUGCGUUGGCUACUUCCUGUUCCUGUUUGCCUUGCCCGUGCUGGCCGUGGGGCUGGCCGCCAUGGUCCUCAUCCAGCUGGUCAAAUGGUUCCUGGAGCUGGAGCUCACCAAGAUGAUUGUGACGCUGGCCGUGUGCGCGGUGCCGGUGACACUGAGGCUGUGGACGCGCUUCGGCCUGUCUCUCAUGGACGUGUUCCACUCCAUGUCGCAACGCGGCGCCGUCAAGCUCAUCCUGUGCUGCGUCACCAUGGUGAUGAUGUUCUUCUGGAUGUACGUGUACCACUCCGAGGGACUGCAGGGGUAUAACUCUACGUUGACCUGGAGACAGUACGGGCAGCUGUGUGGUCCUCCUGCCUGGAAGGUGAAAGGUGUGGCUCAGACACAGAUCUUCUGUACACACCUGGACGGACACCAGGUGACGUGGACCGGGAGGUUCAGGCAGGUGCGUGUAGCGGAAACUGAGAACGGAGCCCAGUCCGUCAUCAACCUGCUGCCGGUGUUCAUGGGAGAUUGGUUACGCUGUCUUUACGGAGAGACCUAUCCUAAAUGUGACCCGCUGCGGAACAACUCCACCAACACCCCCGACGCCACGGCAACCGUCGCUAAUGCUAACCUCACCGCCGCCGACUACGCCAACGCCACAGUGCUUGGCGUUGCCGUGCCGACGGCCGUCCUCCUCCGGCAGCAGGAAGAGGAGGAGCUGUGUGUGAUUAAGGCUUUGGCCAAACACACGUGUCACGUGAAGCGAUACGACAGCUAUGUGUUGGAGGUGGGCGUGGGGAUGCCCGAGGAAGACGGGAUUCCAGAGGACCGGGCCAGAGACAUCAAACUGGUGGCCAGUCAUGAGUUCAGACAGGUGUUGCUGCGCCUGCAGCCCGGCAGCCUGGUGGAGUUCAGCACUACGUUGGAGGGUCGUCUGGGGGGCCAGGUCCCGUCCUUCGAGCUGAAGGCCAUCUACUGUCUGGACUGUGACUCCUCCCUUCUGACCGCUGCCGGACAGGUGAAGAUCGAGAGAGACUGGAGACGGACCACACUCAACUCCGUCAAGUUCGCGUUCGACUUCUUCUUCUCUCCCUUCCUCUCGGCACGUAUCGACGUGUGACAGGACGAGGAAGGAGAGAGAUGUAGUGACUGGGAGAAAAAUA